AGCCUCCGUAUGGUAUCGAAAAUUGUAAAGCAAAUGCGUCUUCUGCAGCAUCUUUGGCUCGUGUAAAGAAAGUGUUGGAAGGUGAAAGGAGAAGGCUGGAGCGAUCAUCAUCAAAGAAGUAAAAUAAAAAUUUCCUUUUUAAGCAACUCAUCCCAACAAGCCACGGUGCAACUUCCGCUUCCCCCUCCUUUCUGUCUCUCUCUCUUUUUUUUUUUUACCUCGUCUUUCAUAUAUACAUAUAUAUACCUCUAAAGUUAAAUGCUGGAAAAGUGGGACGAUUCCUUUGCUAAAACACAACUCGAAAAAUACGGUUGGAAAAAUGGCGAAGGUUUAGGCAAAGAUAAGCAUGGUAACGCCAAACACAUUGCUGUCAAAGUAAAGAAUGAUACCAAAGGUGUUGGCAAGAACCAAGAACAGUGGGACUUUGCUUGGUGGGAUCACUUGUAUAACAAAAGUGCCAGCUCAGUGAGCGUUGAAAAAGACCCAGAGGGCAGUGAGAUCCGAAUCGCAACCAAGAAAAAGAGUGAAAAUCGCAAAUCGGAAACUGGUAUUCUGAGUACGUAUCGUCCUACUGCUAAUUCUCGAGGCACCAAGGAAUCGUCCGCACCAUCUUCUCCUGCAUCGUCCAUGUCUGCCGUUGCCGAUCAGGCCAACCUGAUGGAUUCGGUGAAACAGGUGCAUUCUAGCAUGGCACAAACAAUUGCUCGAUCGUCAUUGUACAGUGGAUUUGUCAAGAGUGCGGCUACGCUUGUCCCUUCGGAUGAAACGGCAACGCCUAAAUCCAGCUCGACAUCUUCCAGCAAUACAAGCAGCGAUAACGAUGACGACGACGACGAUGACGAUGGAAAAGAUUAUUCAAUGAAAAUGACAGACGCCGAAUUGUUUGCAGCAUGUGAAGGACGUACAGCACGAAAGGGUGGUCUGGGUCUGGUAGAACAAAAGGGCAAAUAUGCUCGUGUCAUGCAGGAUUAUCUUGCUCAUGACAAGAGCAAAGACGACGUCAAGGACGACAGCAAGAAGCGGAAACGGGAUAAUGAUACAAAGGUCGAGAUGAAGAAGAAGACGAAGGGUGAGGACGGUGAGGAAAAAGAAAAGAAGAAAAAGAAGAAGAGCAAAGACGACGGAGAAGACAAGAAAAAGGACAAGAAGAAAAAGAAAAAGAGCAAAGAGAGCAACGAGAAGAAGGACAAGAAGAAGAAAAAGAAAGAAAAGAAGAGCGAUUAGAAAGAUAUCCCACCCCCACUCAUCCACCACUCCAACCAUAACAUACAUUCAUCA